AUGGAGCCAUCACGUUCGAUGACCAUUCUUUCCACUUUAUUUUCAACAAUUUCAUUAUUCCUAAUCAUCAUUAUCUUACCAUCAUUUUUUAAUUACAUUCAACGCUCCAAUACUGCAUUACUUUCAGAACUUUACAAAUGCUAUGUAAGUUGCAGCUGUCAACAGGGUAAACCCGGACUUCCAGGUAUACCAGGAAAUCCUGGACGAGAUGGAGCUGAUGGGCCACCGGGAUUACCGGGAAGAGAUGGUAAACCUGGAAGAAAUGUGAUUCCACCAAAAGGUAGUGAAAACACUUGUCAAAAGUGUCCAACAGCUCCACCAGGACCUCCGGGAUUAUAUGGUCAACGAGGACCGAGAGGACCACCGGGAGAUCCAGGCAUACCUGGAGGUGACGGUCCGCCGGGAAGAACAGGACCACCAGGACCAACUGGUGUUCGAGGUCCUCCAGGCCCAUAUGGACCGAAAGGACCACCAGGUGAUAUUGGGCGCAUUCUCAACGGAGCACCUGCCGGACCGAGCGGUCCUCCAGGACCAAUUGGACCACGAGGCCGCAUCGGAAGUCCUGGACGAGAUGGCGCUGCCGGAGGGACCGGUGUUGCAGGAAUGAGAGGAGAGCAAGGUGAAAGAGGGAGCAGUGGCGCACCAGGAUUGCGAGGACCACCAGGACCUCCCGGGCCACAGGGAAACAAGGGUAGUUGUGAUCAUUGUCCAUCACCGAAAGAGGUAUCAGUAUCAAAAAAUCCAUAUAACGGUUUGAGUAGCAAAAUACAAGGCUCCAAAUCAGAUGAAUCGGAAAAUACAGAUAUAUACGCACGACGUUACUAUAGUAAUGAACCGACAAAAGGUACCGGUAAUCAACCACUUGGUUAUGAUAUCAAUAAUGAUAAGAAAAGAAUGAGCAAUGAAAAUCGAAAUGAUGGCGGUAAUGAAGAAAGUACUGAUCGAGGAAAAUCAAAACUUCAUGAUACAUAUGAUGCGAAAAGAAUUCAGAAAUAUGAACUAACAAAAGCAUAUGAUUUGAAACAUAAUCGGCCACUUCAAGCAUCACCACCGAUCAGGAAAAAUGGACACUAUUCUUAG